CCUCUUUAUUUCAAGAGGAGCCUUAUUGAAACUACAGACCACAAGUUCUCUCACCACAACCAAUUCCAACUUACAGAAAAAAAGGACCAAAACCAAAUCCACUUUUCAACAACAUUUUAAGGUUGAAAUGGACAGAGGAAGAGAGAUUGAUAACAGAAGGCGAAUUGGUUCAGUUAAAUCAGCCACUAAUUUGAAUGGAGAAAGAGUUCUUCAAGGCAAUCCUGCAGUGAAGAAACCCCAUAUGGAUUUUUCAGAGAAGCCCACUUCAAGAACCAGAGAGCUUCAUCAGGCAAGGAGGGACAUUGGUCGAUUUAACGAGAGCAGAAGAGUUGCAGAGUCCGAAAAAGCACAAGCAGAAUCCGAGCUCUUUAGCGCAAAGAUGAAAGUGAGAGACCUUACAUUAAGGAUUGAAGAAUCUAGUUCAAAAGCAAAAGCACAGAUUCGAGACUUGGAAAAGCUAAAGAAGCCGAAAAGGGGUGAUGGAGAUUUGGCACUGGCUGUUAGAAAUGUCGAAGAUUAUCAGUAUGCAGAAGUUAUGAGGGAAUUGGAGUAUGUAAAACAGGAACUGAGUAAGCUUAAGCUUGACAUGGCUUCUGUUUUAGAAGAGAAGAAACGGGCAGAGAAAGAAUCCGAAGCCUCAAGUUCAAAAUUGUGGUCUUAUUCGAGUUCAGUGGAAGCACUUAAGAAAGAAAUAGAGGAGGUUAAUGGAGAACAAGUACUCGUUGAAUUGGCUCGAAUUGAGGCUCUUAAAGAAUUGGGAGCCCUUGAAACUCAUAGAAAAGAAGAAGCUAAUCAAUACUCAUCUGCAAUGGAGGAAACCAGAAAGAAAAUAGAUGGCAUCGCCCAAGAGAUUGACCGAGCAAAAGAGCUAGAAACGAAAUUGGAUGUCACAACUUCUGAUGUCAAUGUGUUGCAGCGUGACCUUAAUCUAGUUAAACAGAUGGACAAAAGGGUUGAAAGAAAUGAGGCUAGUUUCGAGGAAUGGGAGGAGAUGAACUCUCCAUCUUUGUUAAAGUCAGUUUCAGAGGAAUUGGAAAAGGCGAAGAAAGAAUUAGCUUCUAUUAGAGAAGAGGGUUUCCAGUUCAUGGCCUCUAUGGAUGUCAUAAGAAGUGAGCUCAAGCACGUCUCAGACGAAACAGCUCGAUUGAAGAAAACAGAAGAAAAGAGAGAUUUGUCUGUUCAGAAUCUGAAUUCGAAGCUCCUCAGGGCGAAAACAAAGUUGGAAGCUGCAUCUGCAGCUGAAGAAAAGGCUACAGAAAUUGUGUCAAAUCUAUCCUUCACUCUUGAUCAAUUGAAAACAGAAGCAGAGGCAGCAAAGAAAGAAAAGGAACUCAUUAGUGAAGAAACUGUAAACGUCAAGACAGAACUUCAGAAAACCGAGUCUGAGAUAGACUUAGCUGAGGAAAGAUUACAAGCUGCCAUGCAAGAUCUCGAAGCUGUUAAAACAUCGGAAACAACAGCACUUGAUAGUCUAAGAACUCUUACCGAGAAUGCAAUGAGAGCCAGAGCUUCUGUUUCGCAGCAUAGUUCCACGAUAACUAUCUCAACUUUUGAAUACGAGUACUUAACAGGAGGUGCAGGCGGGGCUGAGGAAAUUGCAGAUAAGAAGGUUGCAGCGGCUCAGGCGUGGAUUGAAGCUUUAAAGGCCAGUGAGAAGGAGAUACUAAUGAAAACUGAAAUGGCUCAUAGAGAAAUCAGAGAGCUAAAGAUGGAGGAGGAGCAAGUGUCCUACAGAACAGAGAGGUCACUUGCUGCAAAGAGAGUAGUUGAGGGAGAGUUACAAAACUGGAGAGAGGAAUUCGAGAGAAACAUGGAAGCUGAAAACUUUAAACCUAAGGGGAUGAUGCCUAGAAAAUCCAUGUAUAGAGGUAACAAUCCAACGCCAAUAAGACGAACAAGGUCUCGGAUGUCUGCAUCACCUGCAGUUCGGACACCUAGAACACCUUCUUUCAAUGUUAAGAGGAGAAGAAAGGUAAUGCCAACUCUUGCCAAGUUGUUUAGUAACAAGAGUAAUGCAAGGGAUCGUUGACCCAUGUAGCAGCUAUUUUACACUCGCUUAUAAACUCCUAGCAAUUAGGUUACAUUCAAUAAAUUGUAGUGUUACACAAUUUUAACAUUGUAAGUUAACAAUAUUUUAGUCUUUGACUAGGUUUCUCAUGAAAUGCUUGUCUGACUCUGUAUAAGAUAUAUAAAUGCACAAGAGAAGAAUAUUGUGCCGGUGGCUGUUGGUAGCUCAAAA